AAUGGAUCAAUAUUUUAAAGAACAUAAUAAUAAUGUUUUAUCCUUUUAGCAUUAUUCAAAAGCCUAUGUAAGAUUAAUUAUUGAAAUAAUCAUAGGAGUACUUCAUUACAGAUAAAUUGGAUGAAGCCUUACAAGAAAUUGAUUUGGCAUUGAAUCUUAAUUUAUAAUUUUCUGAGGCCUUCAUUUUGAGAAGUAUUUUUAUAUACAUAAAACUUAGGUUAAAUAUUUGAAAAAAUUUAGUAAUAUGAUAAUGCAUUGUAAGAUGCAGAUUGUAGUAUAAGAAUGAAUAAUAACUUGGCUGAACUUUAUAAUUAAAGCGGUGUAACUUUGUUCUAGUAUCUUGGUACUUUAUUUGCAGAGGCCCCUAAUUUAAAUAGUAUAUUGAUUUAAAUAAAAUUAGAUGGAUUAUUUGAAGAAAUUGUAUUAAAGGGUAAGGAAUUGGAAGAAGUAAUUGAAAUAGAAACCAUAAAAUAUAAUUUUGAUGUACACAGAGAUAGAACUUUUGCCUUAAUUCUCAAUCCAUAAUUUGCCCAGCAUAAUGCUUUAGACAGUAUAUUUAUUAAAAUAAAAAUUUAGGUGGAAUACAACAAAAAAGGUUAUUAUAUGAUAAACCAUUGAGUAGUAAUAUAACAACAUAUAAUUUGGAAGAAAGUUAAUUAAGAUUAAAUUAAAAUAUGAUUGAAGGUUAUGUAAAAAUACAUUAAAAUAUGGCUGAGAGUUAUUUUUAAAGAGGUAAAACAUAUAUCUUAAGUCUAAGCAACAAUUUUGUGGAGAUAACAUAAAUUUUAUAAUGCUUUAUAAGAUUGCUUGAAAAGUAUUUUGAUGGAUAAAAAUUUCGCAAUGUCGUAUUGUAGAAUUGGUAUAUGUAUAAAAUUAAUUUAAAGGUCAGAUAAUGUACGAUUUGAAUUUGAAAGAUAAAGCACUCUUAUAUUUUACCAAAGCUAUAGAAGUAGAUAGUAAUUUAAACGAAGCAUAUACAUUUAGAAGUAAAACAAUAAUUAUUAUAUAGGUCUGUGCAUCGAAUAGAAUGAUGCAAAUUCAGCUAUUUAAUCAUCAUAGUCAUCAUUGUCAUAAAGCCAUAAUGUUUAAGAUCUAAACAACCAAAAUUAAUUCAUCUCUAAUAUUGAAUAAGCAACAACUUAACAGUAAAUAAUUUUCGAUGAAGCAUUAAGUCAUAUUUGGUAAGAAGUAGAGCUUUUGUAAAACAGAUUAUAAUAGGUUUAGAAGGAAAACAUUGAAUUGAAAUAAGCAUAAAUUAAGGAAAAGGAAGAAUUAAUAAAUAUGAUCUUCCUAGAAGAUCGAAAGUAAAUUGAAAAAUCAUUAUAAGUGCUUAAUAAACCAGAAAAUUAUUAUUAAAAAAUAUAUUAUCUCUCUCUAUUUUGGAGAGUUUAUAAUUACUUAUUAGCUAUAUAGCAAAUAUCUAAUGAUAUAUUAUCAAUAAAUACAAAUGCAAUUAUUGAAAUUAAUUCAGAAAAUAUUUAAAAUAUACUUCAAACUAUUUCCAACAAAGGAUUAGUUGCACUUUCGCCAAUAUCUUUUGUUUAGGAUAAUUUUAGAAUUAUGAAUGAUGCCCUUGACUAUGCAAUUGAUGGAAAGAAUGAGAAUCGCUUUAAUUAAAGAGUAAGAGUAUUGAAAGAGAUAGUAAAAUAAUUUGCCCCAAUUCCAUAAAAAUUAGAAAUUGAAGUCCAAUUGGCAGCCAUUUAUUUUGGAAAAUCACAAAAAUCUAAUAAGAAAGUAAGAGAAAAAACACCUUUAAGUUAAAAAGUUGAUGAGCUAUUAGAAAAAGAAGAUAAUACUUUAUAAUUAUAAAAGGAUAUAUACUGGAUUUGUGGAACAGAGGGUGCAUUAAAAGUUUUAAGCUACUUGGAAAAAAACUAAUAAAAGAUAUUGAAAGAAAAACAAAAACAGUUAAGUGAGAUUAUAAAAGAUGCAUUUAAUACAGAUUCUGAGUUAUGUUAAUUAAUUUGA